GCUCCAGCUGCGUCUGAAUACCAUUUUUUUUUGCGCGUCUAUCCCAAUCGGCGUGCGUCAGCACGACUUUGAUAUUUUCCCUCGUCCCUAUCAUACAGUUCUGAAUUUGAUACAAAUGUACCUAAUUCGAGGACGAAUCAAUAAUGCUCAUUUCUUUGGUAUGUCAUAAGUAUAUAAUGCAAGAGCAUAUCUGAAUCUGAUCUAGUUCUUGAAAAGAGCAAUUAUUUAGACACCGGAUCUCCACUUGAUGUUGACAUCCUCCUGAUCGAUUAGAAGAUCUAUAUCUAAUAGAUAUCCCGUGAUUCAUCUCAUUUUUUCAUUUUGACACAAUCACAGCCAAGAACAGUCUUUUUCAUCUUCGAAAUGCUAGAAGGCUGAUUUGUAGUGUCAAAGUUAAUUUUUUUCCCAUCACAUCACAUCACAUAAAUAUUAGUCAACAAAAUGUCGGUGAAAAAGCGUGGUAGCCCUAACAAGAAGAAAGCUGACGCAGACGCAGCAGAAGGAGUUGAGAUGACUUCUUCUUCUACUGCAUCAUCGUCAAAAACAGAGGACUCAAGCUCAACAGAUUCUUCCUACGUCCCCUCCUCCUAUGUCGCGAACUUGAAAACGUUCCAACAAGGCAUGCCCAUGAUCAUCUUGCUUGCGAGUAACAAGUACCCCCUAGAGGAGUUUGGGCCUACCCCGUUUCGCAUCGCUCAUAUCGUGAUUCACAUGGCUGUUAUUGCUGUUUUGGUGUUUAUCAAAGGACAGAUCCCGCUAGGAGCACCUGGAGAUAAAGGCAAAGAAGAAAUGGAGAUUGAUGUUUAUGAAGAAUGAAUGUUGAAGAACAAACUACUUUACAGUCGACGUAGAUGAUGUAGUUUUAUCGAGUUUUAGGGACAGCCAUGUAUGAAGAUGAUCAGUGGGUGGAAACAAGUGGAGUGAGAAAACUACAAGAACAAAGAAUAUCAUUCAUAUUCUUCUUCUUGUUUAUUCGACGAAAUAAAAGUGUCGAAUCCGAAAAAUAGACUUCUCUACUAGCCCCCUGGAGAGGUUCCCCAGGGAGAGGAGUCGAAGGGAAGACGAGACACCCGCUAGAGGGUGAACGUAGAGGGCAUGCAAAGAAGUGCGCUAACUUUCGAAAUACUUUCAAAAUUCAUCCCCUAACUUUCAAAGUGAAUGCCCUAACUUUCAAAAUUCAUGUCCUAACUUUCAAAAUUCAUGUCCUAACUUUCAAAAUUCAUGUCCUAACUUUCAAAAUUCAUGUCCUAACUUUCAAAAUUCAUGUCCUAACUUUCAAAAUUCAUGUCCUAACUUUCAAAAUUCAUGUCCUAACUUUCAAAAUUCAUGUCCUAACUUUCAAAAUUCAUGUCCUAACUUUCAAAAUUCAUGUCCUAACUUUCAAAAUUCAUGUCCUAACUUUCAAAAUUCAUGUCCUAACUUUCAAAAUUCAUGUCCUAACUUUCAAAAUUCAUGUCCUAACUUUCAAAAUUCAUGUCCUAACUUUCAAAAUUCAUGUCCUAACUUUCAAAAUUCAUGUCCUAACUUUCAAAAUUCAUGUCCUAACUUUCAAAAUUCAUGUCCUAACUUUCAAAAUUCAUGUCCUAACUUUCAAAAUUCAUGUCCUAACUUUCAAAAUUCAUGUCCUAACUUUCAAAAUUCAUGUCCUAACUUUCAAAAUUCAUGUCCUAACUUUCAAAAUUCAUGUCCUAACUUUCAAAAUUCAUGUCCUAACUUUCAAAAUUCAUGUCCUAACUUUCAAAAUUCAUGUCCUAACUUUCAAAAUUCAUGUCCUAACUUUCAAAAUUCAUGUCCUAACUUUCAAAAUUCAUGUCCUAACUUUCAAAAUUCAUGUCCUAACUUUCAAAAUUCAUGUCCUAACUUUCAAAAUUCAUGUCCUAACUUUCAAAAUUCAUGUCCUAACUUUCAAAAUUCAUGUCCUAACUUUCAAAAUUCAUGCCCUAACUUUCAAAAUUCAUGGCCUAACUUUCAAAAUUCAUGGCCUAACUUUCAAAAUUCAUGUCCUAACUUUCCAAAUUCAUGUCUUGACUUCGAAGGUUAGAGCCCAAAACGUAAGCACCGAACUCAGAACGUAAAUUCAAAAUGUAAAUUCAAAAUUCAAAAUGUAAGUUCAAAAUAUAAAAAGAAAAAUCAAAAUUCAAAAUGUAAAUUCAAAAUUCAAAAAGAGAAUUCAAAAUCAAAAAAGAAAAAUCAAAAAAGAAAAAUCAAAAUCAAAAAAGAAAAAUCAAAAUCAAAAAUAAGAAAAGAAAACAAAGGCAAAACUUUAUAAGUAAAUAGAUUGAAUAACACUUCCCCUCUUUCAUUCUCCUCCAGCAGAGGAGUCCUUCGGCAGAGAAAUUAAGCCAGCAAUGAAGCUCUCUCGUGAAGCGUACGACCUCAAGGAAUGGGGCGCCCAGAUGCAGAAGAUUGGGAUGUCCUGCGUCAUCCUCUUGCUCAUCCACUUCCAGUUCGGCGCACUAUUGCCUCUUGCGUUUCAGUGCUUUUCUUAUGAUAUUCGUGAUGUAAUGUAGUGUCGUGAUAGUCGUGAUGUAGUGUGAUACUAUUCGUGAUGUAAUGUACUGCGAAGAUAAUGAUGUAGAUGUAGUGUGUAGAAGUGUGCUGAUAGAAGUGAUUGAUUCUACUUUUAUAAUGUAGUGUGAUAGUCGUGAUGUAGUGUGCUCAUAGAAGUGAUAAUUGAUUCUACUCGUACUUGGUCGUGGUGGACUUCGAAGUAGAUGUUUUGAAGUUGACAUCACUAAGUACUUGGUUUCAACAACUCUAUGGGUUUUCCCUUUGGUCCUGGUCUCAAUGCUGAUUUGACAGAUCAGAUCGGAGACACAUGACAUGACUUAAACAUAAAGAAGAGUUUAUUCCACACGAGUUGUACAACCAGAUGAACAAUUUUUGGUUAAGUAGAACACGACUCUUCAUGUACUAAUCUUCUAGUCUACUCUUCAUGUAGCAGUAAUCUACUCUGCUCUUCAUGUACUUACACUUCCUUUGCCUUUCUGUUCUAAUCCGCCGUUCCCUGUGAACUCCUACUCUCUCCGUUGUUCGAGAUCUACAUUAUGGGCAAUGGGACCGUGCCGCGACCUUUUCCUCAAGCUCCCUCUCCAUUCGGCGAGAUGAAGGAACGAUUUGGCAAAUUACAGGAAGAAAUGGCAAACCAGAAGGAGGAAGGUGAAGAUGGAGAGGAAAAGGCUGGGGUGGAGGACAAGAAAGCUCAGUGAGUGGGUGGAGGACAAGAAAGCUCAGUGAGUGGGUGGAGGACAAGAAAGCUCAGUGAGUGGGUGGAGGACAAGAAAGCACAGUUUAAGUGAAUGUGGUUCUUGGCGAAGAACAGGGCUCUGUGGGGGUACUGGGUGUAUGGGCUGACGCGUACUAGAAGAAUUAUGACACUUCUACGGAUGAUAGCGUCGAAGAUAGCAAAGAUGAUGCACCUGACUGUGAGAUGCACUAUCUCUGAAAUUUGUCUUUUACUAGGUGUCAUUGAAUUUGAAUCCAAUGCUUCUGCUCUUCUUUAGGAUUCAUAAGAUUUUUAACGAUCAUUGAGAGCAUUUUUUAGUAAAGAUUAAGAUCAUACUCAAACCUACGACGUACUAUGGGCAAAUGCCCAUUCCCAACACCAAGGACUCUCGUUGAAGACUCAAUCUUGACACAAAGUUAGUUUCUCCUGCUGAACAUUCAGCCACUAUAGACAAAGCCAGGACGUUUGUCACUCUGAUACCGAUUUC